AGUUUUAUUCCGUUUUUUCUUGACAUUUAGUGCGCAUGCGCGGUGAUUCAACAACGCGCAGUCGACAAUACACGCCAGUUAUAGGACAUCGAAACAUCAGGCAUGGCUGAAGAAAGAAGCAACGAAUACACGCCUCUUGAUUUAAGCAUAAAGGACAAAGCAACACGAAGUACAAGCCGUGACGGUACCCAGGAUGCUUCAACUACUGUGGGCGCCUUCACAACCAUUUCUGACGAUGCCUGGCCUUACCAAUGGAUCACGCCGCGCAGGCCAAUAACCGACCGGACUUACAACCUCGACGGUGUCACUGAAAAUGCAAGCACACGUUCCCUGCUUCUGGGGUCCAGCACUAGUAUCGAUCAUAGAAGGCCCAGCACAAGUCGCCCUGGUAUAGAGCAAGCAACGUCCAUUUUAAAGGACGGCGCCAGAUUUCCUGACCCGGCCUACCAGCGUUGAGCAAUCGAACACGCAAUACCACACGGCUGAUGGCACAUCCAGCGUCUCCGGUAGGUGCGGGAGAGCUUUCAGCCAUUAGUAUACCACACCUCGCCUUCAAGGGCACACAGACAAUACUGAAGACGGAAGCACCAGAUUCCGACUGCCGGUUUACAGCAGCAGCAGCCGCGUGGAUGUCGCAGUGGCCAGCACAAGCUACGCGGACAUGGAUGAAGC